AUGUCUCAAGUUAUGAGGCUCCAGCUUGUUCAGAAUGCUGCUCCCCGUCUAGUGACAUAUACACGCAAGUUCGCCCACAUCACUCCAGUCCUUAAAUCCCUGCAUUGGCUUCCUGUUGAACAUCGUCUCACCUACAAAAUCCUUCUGAUCACAUACCGUGCCUUGAAGUUCUCCUCGCCACAGUACAUCUCUUCUCUACUCAACUUUCGCAAGCCUGGUCGUUUUGGUCUGCGUUCUGCCAAUACAUCAACUCUGAUCAUCCCUAAGACCAGACGAUCAUGGGGAGAUCGAGUAUUUGCCUCAGCAGCUCCCCGAUUGUGGAACAGUCUCCCUAACACACUUAAGGAUUGUAAAUCAGUAGAUAGUUUCAAGGCCAGCCUGAAAACUUAUCUCAUGGCCAACUUUGUCUUUAACUAA